AUGUUUCAAGAGUCCCUAUCUUCAUUUUGUACAACGCCACCAUUGUAUUUAACUAUUCUUGACCUGUCUCGUAACUUACUAGCUGGGCCACUUUCGGAUUGUUGGGGAAAAUUUCAAAGGUUAGAAGUUCUGAAUCUGGCAAACAAUAAUUUCUCAGGGAGAAUACCCAACUCAUUUGGCUCUUUGCAACAAAUUGGGAGGAUUCAUUUAAAUAACAAUGAAUUCUCUGGAUCAUUACCUACUUGGGUUGGUCAUAACUUGCAUCAUUUGAUUGUUUUGCGUCUAGGGGCAAACAAUUUUGAGGGAAACAUACCAGCAAGUCUUUGUAAUCUAUUAUUUCUUCAAGUAUUGGAUCUCUCAGAAAACAAAAUUGCAGGGGAAAUACCACAAUGCCUCGGUCAUAUAAUUGCUUUGUCAAAUUCCAAGUUUCCAAGAAAAACUAUGCUCUAUACCAAAAGUAGAUAUUUUAAUUAUUAUAGUGAGGAAUUUGUUUUCUUUGACGAAGCAACAUUGGCAUGGAAAGGAAAAGACAGAGAAUAUGGGAAAAUUCUUGGGCUUAUGACAAGCAUUGAUUUAUCUUGCAACCACUUAACAGGAGAGAUACCUCAAAGUAUGACAAUGCUUGUGGCAUUAGCUGGCUUAAAUCUUUCAGAAAAUAAUCUCACAGGUGUCAUUCCAAGCAACAUUGGUCAUAUGCAAAUGUUGGAAUCACUUGACUUGUCAAAAAACCAUCUCUAUGGUAGAAUGCCAUCAAGCUUUUCUAAUUUGACUUUUCUCAGUUACAUGAACUUGUCUUGCAACAACUUGUCAGGGAAAAUUCCCGUAAGCACUCAACUGCAAUCCUUUGAUGCCUCUACAUAUGAAGGGAACAAUGGGCUUUGUGGCUCACCACUCACAAACCAUUGCCCAGGGGAUGUGGUUUCAACAACUGGAAGCACUGACAAAAAUGGCACUAAUGAAGACGAAGAUGAACUCAUAACCAUCGGGUUUUACAUCUGCCUUGGAUUUGGAUUCUGUGUUGGAUUUUGGGGAGUUUGUGGAACUUUAUUGAUAAAAACAUCAUGGAGACAUGCCUACUUUCGCUUCUUCAACAACAUGUAUGAUUGGAUGUAUGUGUCACUAGUUGUCUUUACUGCCAGAAUGAAAACGAAAUUCAGAGUCCAAGACUAG